UUCCUGCUGGCAGUGAUCUAAUCAUAGUGCAGUAAGAAACAUGGCAGUUUGAUAAAACAUGGUGGAGACAGAGGCUGAGAUGGACGCAUAUGUUCUAGAAGACAUUCUUGAGAUUAAGCCUGAUGUUUUAAGCAAUAUAUUCCUUGGUAAUUUGAAGAAUAUGAAAGUGGAGUCAUUCAUUUUGGAUCAGGAUGAUUUGGAAAAUCCAAUGUUGGAGACUGCCUCCAAAUUGCUUUUGUCUAGUACUGCUGAUGGUGCUGACUUGAGGACAGUAGACCCAGAAACCCAAGCUAGAUUAGAAGCAUUACUUGAAGCUGCAGGAAUAGGCAAAUUAUCCACCGCUGACGGUAAAGCAUUUGCAGAUCCCGAGGUGCUUCGUAGACUGACUUCCUCGGUCAGCUGUGCGUUGGAUGAAGCUGCUGCUGCACUUACCCGAAUGAGAGCGGAAAGCACAGCAAAUGCAGGGCAGACGGACAACCGCAGUUUGGCAGAAGCUUGUUCAGAAGGAGAUGUCAAUGCUGUGCGAAAGUUGCUAAUUGAAGGGAGAAGUGUGAAUGAGCACACAGAAGAAGGGGAAAGUCUCCUUUGUUUAGCUUGCUCAGCUGGAUACUAUGAGCUUGCACAGGUUCUUCUGGCGAUGCAUGCUAACGUAGAAGACCGAGGUAUUAAAGGAGACAUAACACCUUUAAUGGCUGCUGCUAAUGGCGGACACGUCAAAAUUGUGAAGUUGCUGCUAGCUCAUGGUGCUGAUGUCAAUGCACAGUCAUCAACAGGCAACACAGCACUUACAUAUGCCUGUGCUGGGGGCUAUGUAGAUGUGGUGAAGGUGCUGUUGGAAUCAGGCGCUAGCAUUGAGGACCACAAUGAAAAUGGUCACACUCCACUUAUGGAAGCAGGAAGUGCUGGACACGUGGAAGUAGCCAGAGUGCUGUUAGAAAACGGAGCAGGAAUCAAUACACAUUCCAAUGAAUUUAAAGAGAGUGCACUUACAUUGGCUUGUUACAAAGGCCACUUAGAAAUGGUGAGGUUUCUUCUGGAGGCAGGUGCAGACCAGGAGCAUAAAACAGAUGAAAUGCACACUGCUUUAAUGGAGGCUUGUAUGGAUGGCCAUGUGGAAGUUGCUAGGUUACUUCUUGACAGUGGUGCUCAAGUGAACAUGCCUGCUGACUCUUUUGAGUCUCCAUUAACGUUGGCAGCCUGUGGUGGACAUGUAGAGCUGGCAGCAUUAUUAAUUGAACGUGGGGCUAACUUGGAGGAGGUAAAUGAUGAAGGAUAUACACCACUGAUGGAAGCAGCCAGAGAAGGUCAUGAAGAGAUGGUGGCAUUAUUGUUAGGUCAAGGAGCAAACAUCAAUGCUCAGACUGAAGAGACUCAGGAAACUGCCCUAACUUUAGCUUGCUGUGGAGGUUUUCUGGAGGUUGCUGAUUUUCUUAUUAAGGCAGGAGCUGAUAUAGAGCUUGGAUGUUCCACACCUCUAAUGGAAGCUGCUCAAGAGGGUCAUUUGGAGCUAGUUAAAUAUUUAUUAGCUGCAGGGGCUAAUGUGCAUGCAACAACAGCAACGGGUGACACAGCACUGACAUAUGCAUGUGAAAAUGGCCAUACUGAUGUAGCAGAUGUCUUACUUCAGGCAGGUGCAGAUUUGGAACAUGAAUCAGAAGGUGGAAGAACUCCUUUAAUGAAAGCUGCAAGAGCAGGUCAUGUUUGCACGGUUCAGUUCUUGAUUAGCAAAGGAGCAAAUGUGAAUAGGACCACAGCUAACAAUGAUCAUACAGUAUUGUCACUGGCCUGUGCUGGAGGUCACUUGGCAGUUGUGGAAUUACUGCUAGCUCAUGGAGCUGAUCCUACACACCGACUGAAAGAUGGUUCAACUAUGUUGAUAGAGGCAGCUAAAGGUGGUCAUACUAGUGUGGUUUGCUACCUGCUGGAUUAUCCAAAUAACUUGCUUUCUGCUCCUGCACCUGAUGCCACCCAGCUGACCCCACCAUCCCAUGAUUUAAAUAGGGCUCCUCGUGUACCAGUGCAGGCACUGCCCAUGGUCGUCCCACCCCAGGAGCCUGACAAACCCCCUGCCAAUGUCGCCACAACCCUUCCCAUCAGAAAUAAAGCUGCUUCUAAACAAAAGUCCAGCACCCAUUUGCCAGCAAACAACCAGGAUGUACAGGGUUACAUCACCAAUCAGUCUCCAGAGAGCAUUGUAGAAGAGGCUCAGGGCAAGUUAACAGAGCUUGAGCAGAGGAUAAAAGAAGCCAUAGAAAAAAAUGCUCAACUGCAGUCCUUGGAAUUGGCACAUGCUGAUCAGCUUACCAAGGAGAAGAUUGAGGAAUUGAACAAAACGAGAGAGGAACAAAUUCAGAAGAAACAAAAGAUUUUGGAGGAACUGCAGAAAGUAGAACGGGAGUUACAACUGAAAACGCAGCAGCAGCUAAAAAAGCAAUAUCUAGAGGUUAAAGCGCAAAGAAUUCAGCUGCAGCAGCAGCAGCAGCAACAGCAGUCCUGCCAGCAUCUGGGACUACUGACUCCUGUUGGGGUUGGAGAACAACUUUCAGAGGGGGACUAUGCACGAUUACAGCAGGUGGACCCCAUCUUGCUCAAGGAUGAUCCUCAGCAACCUGCUAUGCAGAUGGGCUUUGCACCUAUUCAGCCUCUGGCGAUGCCACAAGCUUUGCCUCUGGCAACAGGUUCCCUACCUCCAGGGUCCAUCGCAAACCUUACAGAACUUCAAGGUGUUAUAGUUGGACAGCCAGUGUUGGGCCAAGCACAGCUGGCAGGGCUGGGGCAAGGAAUUCUGACAGAAACUCAGCAAGGGUUAAUGGUAGCCAGCCCUGCUCAGACCCUCAAUGACACGCUGGAUGACAUCAUGGCAGCAGUGAGUGGAAGAGCAUCUGCAAUGUCAAACACUCCUACCCAUAGCAUUGCAACUUCCGUCUCCCAACCUCAGACGCCAGCUCCAAGUCCUAUCAUUUCUCCUUCAGCCAUGCUACCGAUCUACCCUGCCAUAGAUAUUGAUGCACAGACGGAGAGUAAUCAUGACACAGCAUUGACACUUGCAUGUGCUGGUGGCCAUGAAGAAUUAGUACAAACGCUGCUAGAGAGAGGAGCUAACAUUGAGCAUAGGGACAAAAAAGGAUUUACUCCGCUUAUUUUGGCUGCAACAGCUGGUCAUGUUGGUGUUGUCGAAAUCUUGUUGGACAAUGGUGCAGAUAUUGAAGCCCAAUCUGAGAGAACCAAGGACACGCCGUUGUCUUUGGCUUGUUCAGGGGGAAGACAAGAGGUGGUGGAGCUGCUGCUAGCUCGAGGGGCAAACAAAGAGCACAGGAACGUUUCUGAUUACACACCUCUAAGUCUAGCUGCUUCUGGUGGCUAUGUGAACAUCAUCAAAAUCCUACUAAAUGCGGGUGCAGAAAUCAAUUCUAGAACUGGUAGCAAACUGGGCAUUUCUCCUUUAAUGUUGGCAGCUAUGAAUGGGCACACUGCUGCUGUUAAGCUAUUGUUGGACAUGGGCUCUGAUAUUAAUGCUCAGAUAGAGACCAAUAGGAAUACUGCCUUGACUUUGGCCUGUUUCCAAGGAAGAACUGAAGUGGUUAGCCUACUGCUUGACAGAAAAGCAAAUGUCGAGCAUAGAGCUAAGACUGGUCUCACACCAUUAAUGGAAGCUGCCUCGGGUGGGUAUGCAGAGGUAGGCAGAGUUCUUCUGGACAAAGGUGCAGAUGUUAAUGCUCCUCCAGUGCCCUCAUCGAGAGAUACAGCUUUAACCAUAGCAGCAGACAAAGGGCACUACAAGUUCUGUGAGCUUCUCAUUAGCAGGGGAGGUCACAUUGAUGUACGGAAUAAGAAGGGGAAUACUCCACUAUGGCUUGCAGCAAAUGGUGGACAUCUCGAUGUUGUCCAGCUACUGGUACAAGCUGGAGCAGAUGUGGAUGCUGCUGAUAACAGAAAGAUAACACCUCUGAUGGCAGCCUUUCGAAAGGGUCAUGUAAAGGUAGUGCGCUAUCUAGUGAAAGAAGUAAACCAGUUUCCAUCCGAUUCAGAAUGUAUGCGAUACAUAGCAACGAUCACUGACAAGGAGAUGUUAAAGAAGUGCCACCUUUGUAUGGAAUCAAUAGUACAAGCCAAAGAUAGACAGGCUGCUGAAGCAAACAAAAAUGCAAGCAUUCUUUUAGAAGAGCUGGACUUAGAGAAGCUGAGGGAAGAAAGCAGGAGGCUGGCUUUGGCUGCCAAAAGAGAGAAAAGGAAAGAGAAACGGAGAAAGAAAAAGGAAGAACAAAGAAGAAAACUAGAAGAAAUAGAAGCAAAAAAUAAAGAGAAUUUUGAACUACAAGCUGCUCAAGAGAAGGAAAAGCUGAAAACUGAAGAUGAGCCUGAGGUCCUAAUGGAGCCUCCUAGUGCCACCACUACAACCACCAUAGGUAUAUCUGCCACUUGGACUACUUUAGCAGGUUCCCAUGGGAAAAGGAACAAUACCAUCACCACAACCAGCUCCAAGAGGAAAAGCAGAAAAAACAAAAUUAACCCAGAUAAUGUUCAGAUUCUAUUUGAUGAUCAACUCCCAAUCUCCUAUGGUCAACCAGAAAAAGCCAAUGGCGAGUCGAAGAGUAGCAGUACCAGUGAAAGUGGUGACAGUGACAACAUGAGGAUUUCCAGCUGUAGUGACGAAAGCAGCAAUAGCAACAGCAGCCACAAAAGUGACAGUCAUUCUUCCACAGCAGCCACUAACGCUCUGAGCAACAAGAAACAGCCGUCAGUACUUGUCACUUUUCCAAAGGAUGAGAGGAAAGCAAUUUCUGGCAAAUCAUCAAUAAAGUUGUCAGAGGUUAUCAGUGAAGUAACCAGCAACUCCUUGUCCACUUGCACAAAAUCUGGACCUUCUCCCCUUUCUUCUCCAAAUGGAAAAUUAACCAUAGCUAGCCCAAAACGUGGUCAGAAGAGGGAAGAAGGAUGGAAGGAGGUUGUAAGAAGAUCAAAGAAGGUUUCUGUCCCAUCAACAGUAAUUUCCAGAGUCAUUGGAAGAGGAGGAUGUAACAUCAAUGCCAUCCGGGAGUUCACUGGAGCACAUAUAGACAUUGACAAACAGAAAGACAAAACAGGGGACAGAAUAAUAACAAUCAGGGGUGGCACAGAAUCAACAAGACAAGCAACACAGUUGAUCAAUGCUCUGAUUAAGGAUCCAGAUAAGGAAAUUGAUGAACUUAUUCCAAAGAAUCGUUUGAAAAGUUCUGCAGCAAAUUCCAAAACAGGGUCGUCGACACCUGCUGCCACUACAGCCGUUAACAAUUCACUAAUGGGAAUCAAAGUGACCACUGUAGCUGUUCAGUCAACAUCUCAAACAGCCACAGCACUCACUGUGCCUGCAAUUUCUUCAGCACCCACACAUAAAACUGUCAAGAACCCAGUGAAUAACGUACGGCCUGGUUUUCCAGUCUCUCUUCCAUUAGCGUAUCCUCCUCCACAGUUUGCACAUGCUUUACUUGCUGCUCAGACUUUCCAACAAAUCCGUCCACCUCGGUUGCCCAUGACCCACUUUGGAGGUACUUUUCCACCUGCUCAGUCUACCUGGGGUCCUUUUCCUGUUAGGCCUUUGAGCCCUGCAAGAGCUACUAACUCACCUAAACCUCACAUGGUGCCUCGCCAUAACAGUCAGAACAGCAGCGGUUCUCAGGUGAAUUCAACAAGUUCUCUGACUACUAGUCUGACAACUGCAACAAGUUCAACAGCCUCUGCUGUGCCCGUUUCAUCUACAAACGGCAGUCCCAGUUCACCUUCAGUCAGAAGGCAGCUUUUUGUUACAGUUGUGAAAACAUCUAAUGCCACCACAACUACAAUCACAACCACAGCUAGUAACAACAGUACAGCACCUACAAAUGCCACAUACCCCAUCCCUACUGCCAAAGAACACUACCCUGUCUCAUCCCCAUCAUCCCCUUCGCCACCAGCUCAGCCAGUAGCAGUUUCUAGAAACAGUCCUUCAGACUGUGUAACAACCUCUCCGAAUAAAGGGGCAUCUUCCUCUGACCAGGAAGCAGCUAGUCCACCAGUAGUAGAAACAAGUAACUUAGCCAGCAGUGGGCAGCUGAGUGCUAGUUCUCUUGGGAGUUCCUUAGUGCACCCUGCUCACCAGCAAUCUCCAGGAUCUCUUUCUCAAGAAGCAAGACUUCCUCCCCAGCAACCUCAGGUUCCUCUACCAGAUCCUAGAAUGGUUGUACCUCCAAAUUUAGCAGCAGUAACAAGUUCAUCUGCCCCAGUGGUAGGUUCGACAAAUGCCCCCAUGACCUAUCCCUUGCCUCAGACAUCAAUGGGAUCUACUCAACCUCCAGCAAAAAUGGAAACCCCUGCUAUCAAACCACCUGCCCAUGGAACAAAUACUGGUCACAAGACUCCAGCUCCCGUGCAGAAUUGUUCUGUUGCAAUCCUCAAUGUAAAUCACAUUAAAAGGCCCCACAGUGUUCCCUCUUCGGUGCAGCUUCCUUCUACCUUAAAUACACAAACUGCUUCUCAGAAUUCAGCCCAUCCAGCAAACAAAUCUGUGGGUACUAACUUCAGUGCUACUUUGCCUUUUGGGCCCUUUAGCACAUUGUUUGAGAACAGUUCCACUUCUGCUCAUGCCUUCUGGGGUGGAUCUGUAGUUUCAUCUCAGACAACACCAGAGUCCAUUCGAUCAGGAAAGUCUUCGUUUUUGCCAAACUCAGAACCCUUGCAUCAGUCUGAUACUUCCAAAGCUCCAGGUUUUAGGCCACCGUUACAAAGGCCAGCUCCAAGUCCCUCAGGUAUUGUCAGUAUGGAUUCACCGUAUGCUUCUGUAACACCUUCUUCUGCACAUUUGGGUAACUUUGCCUCAAACCUUUCCGGCAGUCAGAUAUAUGCACCUGGGCCACCCCUGGGUGGAGCACCUUCAGCUGCUAAUUUUAACAGACAACAUUUUUCCCCACUUAGUUUAUUGCCUCCAUGUUCAUCAGCAUCAAAUGAAUCUCCUGCUCAGUCAGUGUCAUCUGGAGUUAGAGCACCAUCUCCUACACCUUCAGCAGUGUCCUUGGGCUCAGAAAAGCCCAGCAAUGCGUCUCAGGACAGAAAAGUUCCUGUUCCAAUUGGGACUGAACGUUCUGCACGUAUUAGACAAACUGGAACUUCUACUCCAUCUGUUAUUGGGAGCAAUUUAGCCACUCCAGUGGGGCAUAGUGGCAUCUGGUCCUUUGAAGGGAUAGGUGCCAAUCAAGAUAAAGUAGAUUGGUGUCACAGUGGAAUGGGAACUCAUAUGAUCCACAGGCCAAUGUCUGAUCCAGGAGUGUUUUCACAUCAAGUGAUGGAGCGAGACAGUACAGGAAUUGUAACCCCUUCCGGUACAUUCCAUCAGCAUGUUCCUGCAGGAUAUAUGGAUUUUCCUAAAGUCGGGGGUAUGCCUUUCUCUGUGUAUGGGAAUGCAAUGAUUCCUCCUGUAGCACCCAUUGCAGAUGGUACUGGGGGUCCUAUAUUUAAUGGACCUCAUGCUGCUGACCCAUCUUGGAACUCAUUGAUAAAGAUGGUUUCAAAUUCCACAGAAAACAAUGGCCCUCAAACGGUGUGGACUGGAACUUGGACACCUCACAUGAACAGUGUGCAUAUGAACCAACUUGGCUGAGUGGGAUCAACUUGUUAGCCUGGAGAUUGCUUUUUAUUCAGAGGAAAACACAAAUGGCCGUUUAAUAUGCUCCCAAAUCCAUUCUACUGAUGUGCUUGACUGAAGUGUGUAGGCUUUUUGCAGAAGAACUUACUAACUGACCUUUUUCUGUGAACAUUGUGACCACCCAUUCCCUACCAUCAUAUGUUUCAACUUAGUUAGCCUUUACUUUUCUUUUUUAAUUUUUUGGACAUAACUUUCUGUUGAAACUGUUCUUUGGCUGGUUGGUUUUAGUACUGUAAACUGCUUCUGAGCAAACACAGAAAUUUAGCAAAAUUAUGUAAACUUGAUCCUGAAGUUUUAGAAUGGCAAAUAAAUGUACAAUUGUUUACAUAACAGAAAUGGCUAAGCAGAAAGUAAAUUUCAAUAUGUCAGUAUAGAGGCUCUACUUUAUGUAGACUUAAAUUAAUGUGAGAUAUGUACCUUCAUAUUCAGAAAUCUGGAUGUUUCCUUCAUACAUUAAACUAUUAAUAAGCAUAACUUUUCUACUUGUGUAAUUUAAGUACAGUAUAAAAGUGGGAAUUAUCAGUGGGUUUUCCCAGUUAUAUACAUUGGAUUUUUGAAAAGUCAUACAUCUGUUUAUUUUUGUCUUGUAACCAGAUACGUAUUAAAAGUAAGUUUCCAUUUUCUUCUA